UACGCUUUCAUUAAAUUUCGAUUGCGGUGAAAAUAUUUCACAUUAUUCGCUUCACUAUUCCACAAUCUAGGGUAAUAAAACCAGUAAGUCAUGGAUCUCUCUCGGGUGCCCAAUGAGCGCAAGCUGUAUCUCUGCAAGUGGUAUUUCAAAGUCGGAUUCGCCCUCCUACCCUUCGUGUGGGCCAUCAACACCGUGUGGUUCUUUAGUGAGGCCUUCCGUAAACCCACCUACGACGAGCAGAAGGAGAUUCGGAAAUAUGUGAUAUUUUCCGGCAUCGGAUCCCUCAUAUGGUUUAUAAUUAUCCUAUCCUGGGUCAUGACAUUCCAGCUGAAACGAACAGAGUGGGGCGACUUUGCGGACAGUAUAAGUUUCAUCAUUCCGCUAGGACGCGCCUGAAGCAGUUUAUGAUAUCUACUCAUGCAUAGAUUUUCUAAAUAUGGACUAUAAGUUAAGAUUUAAUACCCACUUACUCAUUGAAAUAAACAUUUUCAUUAACACCCUCAGCCAAAACAACCGAAAAGUA